AAUAGUGAGCUCCACUCAUCGUACAGUCCGUUUUCCACAUCGGUCUCCGUUUUAUUUCUUUAGGUGAAUCAAUCUGAUAGUUUGAUUUUUAUGUUAUCAAUAUUUUGUGUUCACCUGGAAAAAUCUGGCAUACAGAAAUGACGAGCCAGCACUAUUGCCUGAGAUGGAAUAAUUACCAGAGUAAUAUGACCUCAGUCUUUCACCAGCUGUUACGGAACGAAGACUUCGUCGAUGUAACUUUGGCAUGCGAUGAUCUUUCGCUCAAAGCGCACAAAGUGGUCUUGUCUGCUUGCUCCUCCUACUUUCAAAAGUUGCUGUUGGAGAAUCCCUGCAAGCACCCUACUAUCAUAAUGCCUCAUGACGUCAGUUUUUCCGAUCUGAAAUUCAUCAUAGACUUCGUUUACAAAGGAGAGAUAGACGUGUCUCAGACUGAGUUACAGUCUCUCCUCAAGACAGCCGACCAGCUACGCAUCAAGGGUCUCUGCGAGUCCAGCAACAAAGAGGACAACCCCGAGUUCGAGCAUUUUCAUUCGUCCAACGUGACAAGGAUCAGGAAGUCCACGCAUCUGAGACACCAAGACAGCGUUCCGGAUGACGGCAGACCGGAGAAAGUGAGAAAGUUGGCCACGCCCAAAUUGGAAGAGUUUGAGGUCGGGGAACGAGCUACCGACGAGGCAGGAAACGAUGAGAUGCCGGUGAACUCAGAUGCUGCGACACACUAUAGGGUCGAUCCUGAGAGAAGAACGCCGUUGAACAUGAGUAGCCAGGGGCUGCUCGCUGGCCAAACGCUAUUCUCCCACUUCGGGGUGGACACAGAUGACUUCCCUCCGGAACCGCCAGCGCCUUCGGCGAUACCGGUUGGUCACGUGGACAUGGACCACUCCCCCACCAGGACCUUGCUCAACAGCGGUUCCAUCCACAGAACGGAUAUCUCCGACUCGAAGUACGAGAUCAAGAAGGAGGCCAUAGACAUAAAGUUCGAGACGUUGCGAUCGUACGAUCAGGACUCCCUGCUCGAGAUGGACUCCCACAAUUCCAGGAUGUCGGGCGCCGACCUCUCCAGGGACAGUCACGAUGACCAGGACCAGUCUAUGCACUCGAUGCUGGUGACGCCGGAGCUUAUGGGGAUGGUGCCUGGGGUGUCCAGUCGAUCUGAAGACACAAUGAACGGUAGCGGGGACAUGCUGAUGGGAAAAACUUCAUCAGACACGUCGAGAAACCACACAGGGGGGCCUAAAACUUGGACACAAGAAGACAUGGACAUGGCUUUAGACGCUCUAAGAAACCAUAAUAUGAGUCUGACAAAGGCCUCUGCAACCUACGGCAUUCCCUCCACUACGUUAUGGCAGAGAGCGCAUAGAUUAGGAAUAGAUACACCGAAGAAAGAAGGUCCAACGAAAUCGUGGACUGAGGAGAAUUUGAAUAACGCCUUAGACGCCCUGAGAACAGGAACAAUAUCGGCCAACAAAGCUAGCAAAGCGUUUGGCAUACCGAGCAGCACGUUGUACAAAAUAGCCAGGAGGGAGGGGAUAAGAUUGGCGGCGCCUUUCAAUGCAGCUCCAACCACCUGGACGCCGGAAGACCUUGAAAAAGCCUUAGAGUCCAUCAGGUCCGGUCAGACGUCGGUGCAGAAAGCGUCGACCGAAUUUGGAAUUCCAACUGGGACACUUUAUGGAAGGUGCAAAAGGGAAGGCAUUGAGCUGUCGAGGUCCAAUCCAACGCCUUGGUCCGAAGAUGCUAUGGGAGAGGCCUUGGAGGCGGUUAGACUUGGCCACAUGUCGAUCAACCAAGCAGCCAUCCAUUACAACCUGCCAUACUCCUCCCUCUAUGGCAGGUUUAAAAGGGGUAUAAAGUACGAAUCAGAAAACCUGGAAGGAAAUACAGACAGCAAUUCACAUCUAGAAGUCGCUUUUGGCAUGGACUAUGCCAAUCCUCAUACACAUCAACAGAUCCAAUAUCAGAACCAAACCAGCUGAGAUGAAAUUUUUGAUUUGGAUUAUCUUUGAAUCCUAAACGAUCCUUCCAGUUUAAUUUGAAUCAAUCGAGUGUGAUGAAAAUCAACCGCUUAAUUUUCUUUUUGGAAAAAAAAAAUUUGUUGCAGCACAAAGAGAAAUCUUCCUGUUGAUCCGAUAAUAUUUUGUAGUAGGAAUUCUAAUCUAAAGGUUCAAAAUUUAAUUGGAAGAAUUGAAAAGCUGCAACAAUCCAAAAAGAAAAGUUUUUGCUUUUCAAAUGACGUAUAUUUCACGAAUUUUCUGGUCUAAAAAUGUACUGAAUUAUGGUAAGAUGGUUUUGUCCGAAUGCUGUGUUUUAUCUGAAAUUCUAAAAAGUUCUGGAUAUUAUUUGAAUGUUUAGCAAAUUGAGUUACCUUGUUGAUGAGGAAAAUGUGCAAUAUGAAGCCAAUUCUUAAUCAAUAGCAUCAAUGUAAAUAACUCAUGUAUAUUAUUGUAAUGUAGUUAAUAUCUUCAAUUUCUUUUGUUGUUUUCAUUAUUGUUGUUGAAGUUUGUUAUGUUUGUUUUGUCCGACUUAGGGUAACCAUAUAAUUUUUAUACAAUUAAUGAUAAUUACCUACUUACAUUAAGUAUACUUACAUUUUAUAAGAUACUGAAUAAAUGUUUAAUUUUUUAUUUC